AUGGAUUUUUCACUGGAUGAUUUUAUGGCCAGUCCAUCUUUUGCUCAAAUUGAAAAAUGUAAGAAAGCAGACCUGUUGAUUGUGGCAAAUUACUUUAAUGUACAAAUACCAUACAAUGUCAAUAAAGCAGAGCUCAAGCAGUUGCUGUGUGCACAGUUGGUGGAGAAGGGUGUCUUACCUAAACCAGCGCUUGAUGCGGUUGCUGCGGGUGACGUGGCUAGUGUCGCACCAGGGGCUGAGGUGAAAGCGGCGGGGGCUGCUGGCACGCUCACUGCUGGUGCGGAGCUUGGGCCGGUCACGGAUCCUCUCAUGGGUACCAUGACCACAGAGGAUCUCCGCAUAGCACUCCAAAUAAAGGAGGCAGAGACCCGAAACAAACAGCUAGAGGUACAAGCCUUGCAUCUGCGCUUAAGGGUUCUCGAGCUGGAAAAAGGAGCCUUUGUAGCCUCUACCCCAGUGUCUCCUGUUGACCGCAGCUCUGUUUCUGCUCCCGCUUUUGACAUAAGUAAGCACAUUGCUUUAGUCCCUCCGUUUCGUGAGUCCGAGGUGGACUCGUAUUUUAGCGCUUUCGAGCGGAUAGCUGCUGCCCUGAGUUGGCCUAAAGAGUUCUGGUCCCUUCUCCUCCAGUGUAAAUUAGUGGGGAAAGCUCAAGAAGUCUGUGCCAGUCUGUCCAUUGAGGAUAGUCUGGAUUAUAAAAUCUUGGAAAAAGACUGUGUUGCAGGCCUACGAGCUGGUCCCUGAAGCCUAUCGGCAAAAAUUUAGAAAUAGUGAGAAAACUUCCAACCAGACCUAUGUUGAGUUUGUGCGUGACAAGAGCGUUCUGUUUGAUAAAUGGUGCCACGCGUGUAAUAUUAAAACUAUGGCGGAAAUGAGAGAGCUCAUUUUGCUCGAGGAAUUUAAGAAGUGUUUGCCGGACCGAAUUGUUGUAUAUUUGAAUGAGCAAAAAGAGUAAUCGGUAACGAAAGCAGCUGUGCUUGCCGAUGAGUUCAUUUUGACUUAUAAAAACGUUUUUUCUUUGCCAACACCUCGUGUUUUACAUCCCACGUCUGAGCGCAGAAACCGAUCGCCAAAGCUGAUGCGUAAAAGCACCUCACCAGCUGCGGGUGAGAGCCGCGAGUGUUUUUAUUGCCACGAGCCAGGCCAUUUGAUCGCUGCAGGUCCGACUCUUAGAAAAAAAGGACAACACAAAAACGGUAAACCUCCUGCAGGUGUGGGUUUCAUUAACACCGUGUCCCCGCCUGUAACACACCCGGAGUCUUUACCUGAAGCCGAGGUAAAUGCGGAGGUUGACCCUCGUUUCAAACCGUUCGUUUCGCAAGGAUUUGUUUCUGUAACUGGCGAGGAAGCGGAUAAAGUACCGGUAACUAUUCUCCGAGAUACAGCCGCCUAUCAUUCAUUCAUUCUGGCUAGUGUUCUGCCACUCUCAAAUGAAACUUCGUGUUUCUCUGAUGUGUUAGUGUGGGGAAUUAAAAUGAGCGAACUUAACGCCCCACUUCACGUGAUUCACUUGCAUUCACCGCUCGCGUCGGGGCGUGUGAAAGUUGCCGUGCUCCCACGGUUUCCGAUUAGUGGCAUUUCGUUUAUUUUGGGUAACGAUCUGGCCGGCGGAAAUGUGUUUCCUCUGCCAGAGGUCGUUAACGAUCCCAUUUCGGUUGCGUCUGCCUGCUGCCCCACCUCUGUUUCUUCUGCUGUGUCUGUGCCAAAUGUGUUUCCUGUGUGCGCAGUUACGCGCGCACAGGCUCGUAAAUGGGGUAAAGCUGGGGAUUUAUGUAACUCGUUUAUGGCUACAUUAGAUGAGGGUGAGCCCUCCUUUUCAGUGUCCCCCGCUACUGUGUGUGAAAAUGUAUCGAAAUGUGUCUCUGAGCCUGAUGUGUUUCCUGCUGACGCAGACCUGAGUUUAAACGUAACCCGAGAAAUGUUGAUAAAUGCUCAGAGAAUUGAUCCGUCUCUAAAUUUGUGUCUGUCCUCUGUUGUAGCCGCCGCGGACGACAGCCAAACUUGUGUGUUUUUCGUGGACAACGGUGUCUUGAUGAGACGGUGGAGUCCCGACUCCAGGGAGAUACCCGUUGUUAAUCAGGUGGUUGUGCCAACAGACUAUCGAGCGCAAAUUUUGAGUCUGGCACAUGACUCCAGCUUAGCUGGCCACCUCGGUGUUAAAAAGACGUAUCAUCGUGUGUUGCGCAAUUUCUUUUGGCCUGGGUUAAAAUCCAUGAUGCGCAAAUACUGCCUCGAGUCCAACAGAGAGUGGGAUGAGGGCUUCGUUCUUCUGUUAUUUGCCGUGCGUGAAACUCCUCACAGAAAAUGUGAUAGCAGACGCUUUGUCGCGGUGUUCCUCAAAUCCGUAGGAAUUAAACAUUUAGGGAGAUGUUUAAUUCUUGGGUGUGGGGAUGUUAUGACUGGGGUCAUAAUUUGUUGAGUAUCUGCUGUGUGUGUGUGCUCUGUGUAUUUGUGCUUCAAUCUUGUAUGCAAAUAGGUGUGUGCCACAGCCAUGCGGUCAUUGGUGGGCUGGACUACGCCCUGGACAGUGAUUGGAUGACACCUGCUUUAUGAGGAACCAAGAUGGCAGCCACCAUGUGCAGUGCAGUGCAGAGGCCAGGCGUUCCUCAUCCUCCUCCUCUCCCAACCGGCCACCCUAUUUUGCAGCGUUAGACCAUUGUGUAUUUAGUUGUUUUUCUUUAGUAGUAGGGGUGGACUGCCAGUUUUGUUAACCUUAUUUUCUCCGGUGUAUUUUAGUUAGGGAGGUAAGUCUUUUGUCAUUUGUUUCCUUUGUUUGGUUAGGUAAGGACUUACUCCACAGACAGGAUCAUUUUUGGUUGUUGUUUUGGCCUUAGUCCACCCUGAAGCCUAGUCCUUCAGCCUUAGUUUUUUGUCUAUAUCUUUUUGUUAUUUACUGAUUUAUACAAAUAAAUCAUUGUCUUUAAAGUUAACUGAAUCUCUGUUGUUGUGGCUACUUGGGACUUGGGGAAGAUGAGGCCUUCUCAUGUUGUGCCCUAGGCACCCCUAGACUGGGGCGUAACAGCACCUACUCAUGCAUGCGAGACCGAGCAGACCCAACACAGAAAGGCCCCUGUUUGAGAUUUUAUCAAAUAAAAGCCAAACCAGUUUUAUUAAAAACCAACAUUUGGUGUUUUUGUUUAGUCACACAUUGGUCACUGAAUCAGGUCUCUGGUCUACAGAGAUGAAGUCCUGCUUUCUGUACCAGUACAAACAACCCUGUCCACCUUUGCCACCUCUUUGCGAAGCAAACUGUGGGACUCUGUGGGCUGACAAAAACACUGCAAGUGAACAUAAUAUAUGCAGCAAUUACAUUUUCUCCAAAAACACAUUAAGCAAAACCAUUUUGAAUGAAAACAUUAUUUUAGUAGAUGGAUUUCAACUGUGACCCAGAGCAACAUUUUGGGCUUCAAAUCUAUUUUUUAUCCACUUAUGAGCAUAAGCACAUAAUUAUGUAUAAGGCUGUGAGCUCUGUCAAAACAGUUGUGGGUGCACAGCAGAAUGUAGCUGAACACUCUGCUGUAGACACUGACAGAGGGGAGCUGCAACUGCUGCUGUAGAUGAGGUACAUUAUAUCCUGCUAAGUGACACUUCUAUAUAUCACAUUUCAAAUGUGGGGGAACGCAUCAACACAUUUUCUGUACCAUCUGCCAUCUGCAUAUCACUGAAUAUAAAGAGGAAUAUAAUGAUACAAGGACCCCCCCAGAUCCAGCACUGGACUGAGUCAUUUCAUGUGUGCAGACUACUUACUGGAUUUGUGAAUUCAAAAUGCAAUAUAGCCAAUUUCUCACUCCUGGGAUGCUGACUCUGCAAGCCUAUGUCUUUUUUUUUUUUAAUUUGACAGUAGUCUGUUUCAGAGCCUGAUGUUUAACUUUAAUUUGUUGUUUAGAUUCAUGUAACUUAAAAAUAUGUGUAGUGAGAACAGCAUUAUUUUUUUCUUGUGACCCUGGUGUAAAACUAAGACACAGAAUAAUCAGUUCUACGGUUUAUCUGGUUAUUCUUGGAUGAAGAGCAAGUAGGGAAAGAGGGAAAGGCAAGGUCGAAUAGCUAAGUGGAUGAACUGGUGUUUCAAGAGCUGAAAAUGGCAGAGCGGUGUCAGAGGUUGAUCCUGGAGCACGGCAGAAACAGAUGAGCAGGUGGCACACACAGGCUGGGUUUAACGUUCAGUACAUUUACAUGAUUUAUUGCCUUACCCCAACUAAAACUGGACUUUAAAAAUACAGAUUAACCUGUUUGUCCAUCUAAAAGCACACCAAAUAAAACUUCUUGUGAUUGGACUGACAAACCCAUAUAAUGCAGUUUGAGUUCUCCUCUUCAAUGUAUAUGCUUCAAUUAGACUGCACUAGAGUUCUAAUGCUGGCUUUGACCUAGAAGUUGAACAGUGUUAAUGUGCAUUAAAUAGCCCGGUAGCAAACAAAACCUUGACAAACUAAGAUCGCAAAAAGAUGAUGGCGCUGUUGUACUGUUCAUAUGAGCACAGAGCUGUAAAAGUGACGCUGAUUUCAUGUUUCCAUUGUAAACUAAACUCUUGCCUUUUCACUGGAAAGAUGGAAAAAGGUUUGACAACAAAUAAUGAUCAUAUGUAACUACUCUAUCAAAUAAACCAAGAUUAAAAUGUCUUAGAGUUUUCGUCCUCAAAAAUUUCAUAAAACUAUAAAGGACGAACAAGGCUUGACAAGGAAUAAAUAUAAUAUAGCUGCCAAGAUGAACACAGUCAUGUUGACACAUGAAAUGACAGUGCCCUGCAGACACAAUUUAGCCACCAAAAGUCCAAACCGAAACUUACUUGUUGCGGAUUAACUCUGCCAUAAUUAAGGAGCAAAUUUAACAAAGCCAAAAUUAUCUACUUUGAAUAUCAACUAAGGCUUAAACAGAGGUUAGGAAGUAAAUAUUUGCCACAGCACUAAAUCCCCCCCACAGGAAAACCAAGCUGCUUGUAGCCUGCAGUUGUUUGACAGUUUUACACCAGGAAGUCAAUGCUAAGAGCUGUAAUCUAAAUUGUUGACCAUUUAGUUUUAGGAAUUAUCCCAGUUGGCAUCUCUGAAGUAUUAUUUCUGCUGUGAAGAAACCCCAGAUAUCUCCCACUCUGAUCAAUGCCUACUGUGCAUUCAAUCAUGAGCAUGCGUCCAUUCCACUCACGGCACAAAGCAAUUACAAAUGGCUGUGAGUGACUUCAGACAGAGAGGAGCUGUUGUGGCGGCCGUUGCAAAUGGAUUCACUUUUAAGCUCAAAUUAAUGGACCCUUUGGCUCGAUAGAAAUUAUGUCUCGUAAUGUAUUUUCAUAAUAACCUCUCAUGAGCUGGAUCCCUGGAUGUCUUAUUUGGCAAACAUUGCUGGUAGCCUAUGGGCCGAUAAGACCAGGGGGAUAAUACAAAAAGAGGUAACGAUCUGAGUUUCUAAACACAAAAGUGACUGACAAGUGGGGAUAGAAGGAAUGAAUACUAAUGUGUUUGGUUCUGCUGGUGCCACCUUGGGGCAAGUUUCCAUUAGUACAGAACAUUAAUUUGAAGAUCUAAUAGGCAGAAUACCAUGAAAUUCACUGAGUGCUUACUCAUCCUUCAGACAAGUUUUUUUCACUGCCUCAACAUCAAAUGAUUCACUCGGCAUACUGCUAAAUCUAAUAAAUAUAAAAACUCACAUGAAGGCUACAGCCAUGCCGUGAUAUUCUCUGUGCAUGGCUGCUUCCUAACAUUCAAAGCUCCUGCAAGGAACUUUUGGCACCACCUGUGGACAAAAAAAUCUACCUCUUUUUUCUUUACUGUAUUUAUCCCAAAUGUGUGUGUUAAAAAGUCACCCCACUGACAUUUAACUGUGAAAUGCAUCACUCACUGUGAAUCUUGCACACAAAACAAAGGCUAUUCUGUAGACCAAGUCUUGGCAUGAUGCCUACCCUGGGGAAGCUUCUCCAUUUCAGAUAUUAAUACAACAAGGAAAUCUAUCCUCAGCUCAGGGUUUGUGCGACCGUUUCACUCGCAUUUGCGACUAAAAAUAGAUGUGUGCGAAUUGUAAAAUGUAUUUAGGAGCACGUGUGGAUAAAAAAAGUUAGCCAAGGCAACAAAUGUUUUUUCCUGUAAAUACAGCGGUGACGUUAGUUUUAGGUUGGAUAUUCGACGGACAUCCACUGCGGAUCUACCGGUGUCUUCUCACACUCCAUAACCAGGAAUGGCAACAGCAGCCGUUAAAUCUACUCGGCACCCUCACUGUCAACGUCGGGUAUUGGAUAAGGGACCAUUAAUAAAUUACCGGUUGGUGUUCUCAGGAAAAGGCUGUUUUCCUUCAAUAGCUUCCAUGUCAUGUGACCACUUGACCUCAAAUUAAUUUGAAAUAAUAGUACUAAAGUUGGCCAAUAAGACACACCUCUUUAUUUCCCUAAUUUGUCCUCAUAAAAUGUUUGUGUUUAAUUUAACAGCAAAUUUUGAACGUUUUCUUCACUAGCUUCCAUGUCAUGUGACCAAAAUACCUAAAAUUGAUUUCAAAUGAUAGUACUUAUGUCGACCAAUAAGACACACAUUAUUUGAUCAAUUUUCAUUCUGCCUUUAAAGUUCUUUGUGUGCUCCUUACUUUUUUAACUUAGGAGCACAUGUGCUCCUUGUGAUAAAAGUUAGCAUCAAGCCCUGCCUCAGUUGAUCCUCUAGUUUGCCUCUUAGGAUCAUAAAGGGAUAUUCCUGCAUAACUUUAAGUUAUGGUCAUACACACCAUAACACCGAGUCAGCCACCCCCCAAAAGAAGGGGCACUCGGUGAUCGACUCGUCAGGGCUCCCCCACAGACAAGCAGCUGCUGGAGGAGAGUGGGUGAGUUGUGUUCAGUCUCUUUGCUUGAGAAACCAAGUAAAGCUAAAAAGAUGUUUGGUGGCUAGUAGUAUGGCUGGGACCUUAUAUGUACUGUUAGGUGUUAAGUUGGGCGCUGUUCUGAGUAUUAUUAUGUUUUAAUAGAUGAGAGGACAGACACCUGUGGCCACUGUGUCCUUGCAAUACUUCUGCAAACUGUUGGCAGGCCACCUCUGGCAGCAGACCUGGGGCUCUAUUUCUGUGCCUCGCCGGCGGUGUGGCGCAGGUGCGGCAUAAGUCAGGUCCGCCGCACCGACAAGGCAUGCCCAAGCACACUUUGGUAUUUUGGUAAGCAGUGCAGCCCCAUGUAAGUAUCCCCCAUCCCUAACUCAGCUCCUCCCAGCAGCGUAAGUUGUAAAAAGGGAGGAGAGAAGGCGUGGCUCUAUCUUUCAUUGAUAUUGGCAUAUAAGAUGAUUUUAGCUCACACAACUGAAUAUUUUAAUAUUUGUAUGAACGCCUAACUCCAGAUUUAAUAUUCACAGAAUUUUAAGGAUGUGAGGACAUUAGAUAAACUGGUUAUUUUGAAUGAAAGUUUCUUUUACUUUUUUGUUCAAAUUUUCGAAGUAAAUAAUUUGUCUGAUCACUAAUAUAAAUCAUCUGUUCAGCCUUGCCACCGCAGCAUCAGGACGGGGAAAGGACAUGUCCGAGUCGAGCUGCACGAGAAAAAGGAGGAAGAGAGAAAGGAGGACAAAUUUAAUAUCUUGUUAACUUUAUCAUGUGUGUUUCUCAUUACCACCAAAAUGGCCGUGUGCCGGGCUCUGCCAGAUGAAAAUACCACUGCGAGGGGUCCACCACCCUCUGCCGGGCAUGAAAAUAGAACCCAUAGUGUUCAUCGACAGAGUUAACAUUAACACUGUGUCCCAGGCAGACAUUUCUUACGUCAACAGUUACAACAUCAAUUUUAGUGAGGUAUGGGCUUUUGUCACUGACUCAGCAAGCUACAUGAAGAAAGCUUUCAACACCAUGGCCUGUUCCCCAACUCCAUACAUGUCACAUGUCUAGCACAUCUCCUCAACUUGGUGCUGCAGGUCUUCCCAGAUACAUUUGAUGACAGGGUGUGUGCACUUGUGAAGAGAGUGUUCUGCAAGGCACCUCAACGUCGCCAAGAGCUGCAGGCCUACAUGCAGGCAUUGGGCUUGGCUCUUGUUAUGCCAGUGUUUGCUGUGAUGACCAGAUGGGGCUCCUGGAUUGAAGCUGUCCAGUACCUUGUAGAGAACCUGGAUAUUUUAUGUGACUUCAUAUCCUCUUUACCACUGUCCUCUAAGGCUGUUCGGGACCUGAAAGAGCUGCUAGAAGUGAUCUUGAUUGUUGAGCACAGCACUGAGAUCAAGACCACCAUUACCAAACUGGAGAACCUCCUUAUGCUGUUUGAAUAUGGCCACGAUGUAGGGGCUGAGGAUUGGCAUCCCGGGACCACAGAAAGGCUGAGGGAACUGGAUGAGGAUGACCGUGCUGCCUGCACUGAGCUCUUCCAGAAGACCAUGGCUGACUGCUCUGACAAGUUGCAGAAUGUGAUGGUGUCACACCCCAGUAUGGAGCUUUUUAAAUCUCUCCCAGUGUUUGACACAGCAAAGGUAGCUGGUGUGAGAAAAAACAUCCAGGACAACGUCCAGGUGGCUCCUGCUCUUACAGGGGUGUCAGCUGAGGAAUGGCACCACUACAUCCAUAUGGACAAGAGUGACACUGAGGAGGUCAGUCCUGUGGAGUGGUGGGCCACCAGAGAGAACAGGAUGCCCAAUCUUGCCCCACUUGCAGCAUUGUACCUCCAUCUCCCCACUACCUCAGUGGCUGUAGAGAGACUUUUCUUACACUAUGCCAUGCUGCUUACACAGUACAGACAGAGCCUUACAGAAAACAACAUUAAAAUGAUGCUCAUUGCAAAAUUAAGCAGUCGGCAGCAGGAUUAA